AUGCCUAUUUUCGUUCCCUUCUUAACUGGAGCGAAGGAACUUUCAAUUGAUCUAGCUGAGCCUGUUGUUAUUCUUAGAGGCACAGCUGCUGAUGACACUAAGCACGUCCUCCAAGGUGAAGUUAGUCUUGUUUUAACAAGGCCAAUAUCUGUGUCAGAAGUCAAUAUUAAGUUUGUUGGAAAAUCUUACAGCUUGUGGCCGGAGGGACUUGGGCAUAAAAGCAACAAGCUGUAUCACAAAAAAACAAUACACACACAAAGUAUCAUUCUGGAGAAUUUCAAUGAACAUACUAAAAAAGAGGGUGUUCUAUCAGCGGGUAUUCACCGCUGGCCAUUUCAGUUUAUCCUUUCAAAUGCAUUGGCUGAAACAAUCGAAGAUGAAAUGGCCAAGGUCUUCUAUUACCUCACCACCACAGUGCAUAGAACUGGAAAAGGGACGACCAAGCUUCAAGCGCGGCAAGAUGUUCUGAUUCUUCGUCUGCCAAAUUGGUCAGAUACAGCUCUUACAGCUAAUUCAUUGCCUUCCUCAUCUAUUAUAUCAGAUCGUCGCUUAGAGGUCUGUGAUGCCAUCAUCUGUAUCGAGAAAUCAUAUGUCUCUUCCGGCACUCAAUUUCCAAUCGCUUUCACUAUCUCACCCAAUAUGAAAAACACUUUUAUAGAGUCGAUUUCAGUCUUACUGACAGAAAAGAGAAAAUACAAACUCCCUGAAUUCAAUGCCCGUCGAAUAGAACAACAUGAUUUCAAGCUGUCACUCACAUCUUUUACCAGUCUGUUAGCAGAUAGUGAACUGACGACAACUCAGGCGUUCUAUGCGCAACCCACAUUAAGGGACAUGCGUCGACUCUUGAAUGUGAAGAAUGCUCAUAUGCCAUUGGAUCAAGGUGCCUUUCGACAUCGUCUUUUGUUUACUUUACCCAACUGUGUCCAGCUAAACCAUACUUCUACCUAUUCGGAAAUCAGCAUUAAACAUACUUUGAGGAUACAGAUUGAGCUAUCCUCACCGACUGCAAGUCAUAGAAACCUAGAUCCUCAUAAACCACCGCAAGACACUGUAUACACAAAAGUACAUUUAGAGACGCCUAUUACCAUUUUAGAUUGUCGACUGAAAGAGGAUUAUAAUACGUUACCGACCUACGAAGAAACCCUUCUGGUAUCAUCUCUUAUUGACGACGAUAUAGCAGAAUCGAAACCGUCUGGAUUCUUUAUGUGCCCUUGUUAUUUGGAAUACAGAAAGAAAACUAAAUGCAGCCGACGUGAUUGGAUCAAAAUACGAGAUCAAUUUAGUGUAUUUAAUGACUCUACACCACCCCCAUCUUACGAAUCCCUGCAAUGA